AUGGAGAGGCUAAAUGGUGUCGAGCCCUCAAAGGUCGUCUGUAGUGGGAGAAAAAAGUCGGCUCUACGCCGCUUCGCACUGAUUCAUCUACCGUCAAUCACGAUUACCUUGGUCUUACUCUCAUUCUACACAUCAAACUUACAAUGGGCAGAACCUACAAAUGAACAGCUAAAUGCCCUCCAAUUUGCAGCUAAGGCACAUGAAGCUUCGGUGCUGGUUUCUCUUACGGACAUCCUCCUGCAUAGGAUAUGCUACGGCCUCAUUGAAGAUGGCGGCAUUCCCCUCGGCUUCAUUUCUUCACCGUUUCACCUUGGCUCCCCGAUUCAGUAUUUAGUGAGUUGGGAGUUAUGGGGAGUCUUGCUAAAGCCAGCGGCGAAUCGCCUGCUGCACCAAAUGACGGGUAUCUUGAUCAUCUUAAUCUCUCUACUUGCCAUAAGUUUGGGACCUCUUUCAGCAAUCAUAAUGAUUCCACGCCAAGGGUGGUCAUUUUUUGACAGCGAUUGGAACACCUGGUGCGUUAAUGGCCUGGCUUUCGAGACAAAUCUCGACUCUCGACAUGCCUGGAAUGCAUUAGGGACCAUCCAGCUAGGGGACUAUGGGUACGGCACUACGGAUGUCUUUCUCGGAAACAUUACACACUCCGCUUUUUACUUUUACAACCUCGAGUGGCGAUACAUAUCGCUUUUCGCGGACUUUGCCCCUACACAGCCGGACGUUUUGAUCACCGCGACGUGUCCCAUGGAUUUAGUGGCUAUGUCACUUCACAAUUACGUCUGUUCAUUCCAGUCAAAUACAACGGAGUGGCUUGUGAGGUCCGCUCAGAAGAGGGCGGAUUCUCCUGAUUUGUUGAAGUGGAAACAGCCUUCUGUGUCUGUAUCUUGUUCCGAUGCACAGAUGGACAAAGGAACUGCGGCGUUCAAAUUUAACUCCAAGGUUCUAAAUGACACAAUUUCUCUAAAUGUCAAAAAUACUUCUCCUCUUAAAGACCUGAAUGAGGUCGAGACUCCGCCAGGCCCUGUAAGCUAUAGAUUUCUGAACAUCAACCAUAUCACAAGUCAGCCAAUCAGCGCCAGCAUUCUCGUCUUAAAACUCAGUCUUUGUAUUAUUUCGGCUCACUGGGUUCAGGCGGACAUCUGGAUUGAGAAAAAGGCGAAUGUCAUCCAAAGCCACUUGGAUCUUCCGAUCGAUGAUGGGUUUGAACGUUCGAAUGGGUCUUUAUCAACAGGAGACCUCAUUCGGAUGGGAGAUGGAUGGUUCACUGGCAUAGACUUUCCAGACAUCACGCCAUCAAACUCUGCAUAUCAGCAAAUACUCCGAUUCUGCGGCAACAAUCAUGGAUUUUUUGAAAACUGCCUCCCGAUGUCCCUUGCAGCUCACCUUGCCGACGCACUAUCGGGGACGCCUUAUUCAGCCUACACGGAAGCGGUUCAUAUCAACGAAAAAGAUCCCCAGAAUUAUACGAUUAUUCACAAUACUGUGUAUAACAAGCCAUUCAUGUACAAUUUUCUAAAUAGCCGCGCUAUACCUUGUGCGUUCGCCAUUCUUAUCCUGCAUAUCAUCAUUGUUCUCGUUCAUAUAGCAACAAUUCUUUUAUCUUCUCAUCCAUGGCACAGCUCCAGCUGGGGUAGCGUUGGGCAGAUGCUAAUACUUGCAUUGCGUUCAACAUCUCCCAGUAGCUUAGGGAAGGUGGGUGGAGGCGUUGAGAGUUCUCAAACAUGGACAGCAACCGCAAGGGUGAGGGCGGUGGGUGAGAAUCAACAGUUGGAAAUUGUAUUGGGGGACAGUGAUGGGACAGAAGAAGAAGGUCAAUGCAGACAACAAAUUAAGGAUGCAAGUGCCAGGAAGGAUAAACAGGGUGUCAGAGCAGGAAUUCACUAUAGCUGA